CGGCAGCCAACUGUCCAAGCACUGAUAGCUGGAAUUACAAGUUUACAACGCAUUUUCCGUUUAUCAUUUCGAUCCUGCAAAACCCUCUCCGGCAUUCCACAGAUUCCGAUCCCGUAAAUAUCAAUCGUUGUCGGAAAUAUAGCUCAGAGGAAGACGAGGAUCGGAAGCCGCUGUUACAACUCCUAGAAUUGUCCAUCCGUAGAGGAGAUCGAGAAGUAGGACACAUCUACGGAUUUACAGGCUCGUAUACAUAACAAAGUUUUUCCCUCUUGAAAGAAAGAUGGUGAAGUUGACUAUGAUUGCCCGUAUUGUUGAUGGCCUUCCUUUAGCUGAAGGAUUGGAUGACUGUCGUGAUAUACCAGAUGCAGAUUUCUACAAGCAGCAGGUCAAGAGCUUAUUCAAAAACCUAGCAACGGGCCAUAAUGGACCUUCAAGAAUGUCUAUUGAGACUGGCCCUUACAUGUUUCAUUAUGUAAUUGAAGGGCGUGUUUGUUAUCUAACAAUGUGUGACCGUUCGUAUCCCAAGAAACUUGCCUUUCAAUACCUGGAAGACCUUAAGAACGAAUUUGAGCGUGUGAAUGGUAGUCAAAUUGAAACUGCUGCUAGACCUUACGCUUUUAUUAAGUUUGAUACUUUCAUACAAAAGACAAAGAAACUGUACCAAGACACAAGAACUCAACGCAAUAUUGCUAAGUUGAAUGAUGAGCUUUAUGAAGUUCAUCAGAUAAUGACACGCAAUGUACAAGAAGUUCUUGGGGUUGGUGAAAAGUUGGACCAGGUCAGUCAGAUGUCUAGCCGCUUGACAUCAGAGUCUCGUGUCUAUGCUGAUAAAGCAAGGGAUUUGAAUCGUCAGGCUUUGAUUCGAAAAUGGGCCCCUGUGGCGGUAGUCCUUGGUGUUGUUUUCCUCCUUUUCUGGGUGAGAAAGAAGCUUUGGUGAAAUGGUGUUGCCUUCGAACUCAAGUCUGUCUAACAGAUUGCUAAGAAUAUUCUGCUUGCUAAGCCUUCAUGACUUGGAUUCUAUACCCAAUUGUCAUGAGCCAGGCUCAUUUGUGAUUCACGCCACACACAUUAGAUGCCAGAAAUUUUAUGAUGCUGAGAAAGUCUUGCAUCUCUACAAUAUCAUUACAAAGAGAUUUGUCCUCUUACUGUGGAAAGAAGACUCAAAGGUAUACCAUUAUAUGACAUGUAAACAGAGUAGCAGCCAUCUGGUUAUUAUUUUCAGAAAUCAUCUCACAUUUUAGCUCUUUGAUUUUCCAUUUUCCCGUUCAUACCCGUCUUUUUCAUUCAACAAAUGCUGUGAUUUAGAUUGUCGUUUUAUUUCCAAUUUCCCCUUCAUAUC